AUGUAUUCCGGCGCAACAAUCUCGACACCUUUUUCUGUAAAGGAUAUUUUAAAUUUACAACAAGAUUUUGAAAAUGAGCUUCUAAUGACAGACCAAGUCGUUCCAAUAAACCAUCACGUGUAUCGCACCUCGCCCAAAGAUUUUUACGAGUUGCAGCCAAGGCCGUGUCCGAUGGAGAUGUGUGAAAACACACCCUCCCAAAAAAUAUCAGAGCAGGACGUCACACUGAAGUUUGAUGUAAAUUCUCAGAACAAUUCCCCGGACGUUGAUGAGACGCUGAAAAGCAAAGGUCGCGCGCGCAGGAAACCGCGCGUGCUCUUCUCUCAGGUCCAGGUGUCUGAGCUCGAGCGGCGCUUCAGACACCAGCGCUACCUGUCCGCCUCAGAGCGCGAGCAGCUGGCACAAGUGCUCAAACUCACGUCCACACAAGUCAAGAUAUGGUUCCAGAACCGGAGGUACAAAUGCAAGCGCCAGCGCCAGGACCAGUCUCUGGAGCUGGCGGGUUUCUCCAGCGCACCGAAAAGAGUGGCCGUGCCGGUACUCGUGAGGGACGGGAAGCUGUGCAACGAUGGAUCCCACUCCACAGCGUUUAACAUGGCUCUGGGUCAUUAUAACUCUUUAAUGCAUUACGGGAACGGCAGCUUUUACGGUUACACUUACCACAGUGUGCCACAGUGCUCAGGCGCUCUGACGGCGCCAGGCCCCGGGACGCACGGACACAUUUCAGAGACGGUGAACUCCGAAGGGCCCAUGAGCAGCCACAGACACUUGCACAGCGUGAGCGGCUGGUGA